AAAUUCCCUUUAACGUAAGCUUUUAAUUUAUAUAUAUAAGCCUCUCUAAGGAUCAGCCUUUCGCUCUCUUAGUAGUAUUUUCUAACACCUUUGCAUUUGCUUCUUUCCUUUUCACACCAGAUCUGGGGAUCCAAGCUAUGGCUGAAAAGGUGACGAUAAUGGUGCUGAAGGUCGACCUUCAGUGCAGUAAAUGUUACAAGAAGGUCAAGAAAGUGCUCUGUAAAUACCCUCAAAUACGAGACCAGAUGUACGAUGAAAAGGCUAAUACGGUGACCAUCACGGUGGUAUGCUGUAGCCCGGAGAAGAUCAGGGACAAGUUAUGUUACAAAGGUGGUGGAUCCAUCAAGAGCAUUGAACUCAAGUCGCCGGCGAAACCCAAGGAACCGGAGAAGAAACCCGACAAACCAAAAGAAGCUGAGAAGAAGCCGGAAAAACCCAAAGAAGCUGAGAAGAAACCGGAAAAACCCAAAGAAGCAGCUGAGAAGAAACCGGAAAAACCCAAAGAAGCUGAGAAGAAACCGGAAAAGCCCAAAGACGGUGAGAAGAAACCGGAGAAGCCUAAAGAGGCGGCGGCGGAGAAAAAGCCUGAUAAACCGAAAGAGGCAGCGGCUGCGCCGCCACAGAAGGUUGCGGAACCUGCUGCAGCUGCUCCUUUACCACCGAUGGCGUAUGCAGUUGGGUAUACUUGCUCCGAAGGUUAUUAUAAUGGCUAUGGUGGAGGACCUAGCUAUUAUGGUGGACCACCCCAACAACCGUUCCCAUGUUACGAGACUUACGGUAGGCCCGUUUAUGACAGCUGGGGCGGCGGCGGCGGUGGCGGUGGCUACUACAGGUACGGCGGGCGUACAGGUGAAUGUUUUAGUGAAGAAAACCCACAAGGUUGCUCGAUCAUGUAAAAAAACCGCGGGAAUUUGCUGCUGAAAGCAAUAUAUAGCUGAAUUUGAUAUACUGUAAUAGUAAUAAUAAAUUCUCUUGUUUACUGGUGUAUGAAUCUGGGGGAGUCAUUUUGUGGAUUUUUAUUUAUUUCUAGUUUUAUUGAGUUUAUAAAAGUCGUAAAGAUCAUUAACAAGGUUGGUGGCGUUGGUUGUGGCGGCGACAACGGCUGCGGUAGUGGUGGUGGGUGUGCUCCAGGCUUGCAAAAAGUUUGUUUACCAUAGUUUUAAAAUUUAAUAAAUAAAAAUGAUGUAUCUUUUUAUCUGUCA